UGGCAACAAAUUUGGGAAGGGGUGAACAAAAUUAGACUCUACUUAAAUGCCCUCAUCGGCUACUAGAUCGGCAUAAAGAAAACCAAAUCCCUAUUCUCUCUGUUUCUUUCCUCAUCUCUUCCCUUCUGUAAUCUACAAGCCAUGGAUCGGGCAGCAGCUGUAUUUCUAUCAGUACUGAUACUUGUAGUUGCCGGAGUCGGAGGUCAAGCUCCGGCUGCUGCGCCUACUAAAUCUCCGCCGUCUGCCAUUACCGCCACUGCUCCAAUUGCCAAUUCUCCGGCGGCUGCCGUCAAUGCGACUAGCCCUGCGGCGGCAAAUCCUCCGGCUUCCCCGAAAGCAGUCACCCCAGCGUCUGCCGCACCUGCGAAUGCUCCGGUAGCCGCGAAAACACCACCUCCCGCUUCUUCGCCUGCGCAUUCUCCAUCGAAAUCGAAAGCAGUUUCUCCGGCAUCUGCUCCUCCUCAGCCGUCAAAAUCUGCGCCUCCGACACCUGCCGCGGUCUCCCCGGCGACUAAAUCUCCCACGAUCUCUCCACCGGCAGCCGCUCCUGUCCAAUCACCACCGAUUCCUUCCCCCGAAGCAACCACACCUCCACCGGCUGCUUCUUCUCCUCCGGCAGCGGCUCCGACGUCAGAGCCUACAGCGCCAGCGCCGAGUACCUCUGCAACUUCACCAGCACCGGCGUUCAGUAGCCCACCCCAGCCUUCGAGCGACGGCCCCGGUCCCAGUGCCUUCUCUCCCGGGCCAUCAUCAUCACUAAGCGAUGAGAGUGGAGCAGAGAAAUUGAUGGGCCUGACUGGAAGCCUGGCAUUGGGAUGGGCUGUAUUCAGCUGGAUCUUCUUGUUCUAAACCGGGUUCAUUACACGAAACAUCCAUAUACGUCGAAUUUGGUCUUUUUAUUCGGACAUCUUUUUUAUCAUGAUCAUUAUUCUCCUGGAAUAUAUUUUAUAGCACUACUCACCGGCCUGAUUUCGUUCCGUUAUGGCGGAUUUGCCACAUUGCCAUAUUCUUUUGAUUGUAA